UCCGUCCAUCAAGGCUUUCUGUUGUUUCCUUUUCGCACUAGAAGUUGACGUAUAACAGGGACCUACUGAAAAUCAUAGAGUUAUUCAUCUGAUAACUUGUGCGUUUGAUACCUUUCUAAUAUGCCGCCUUUUGGACCUUUGGUACUUUUGGCACUAUCUAUCCUCUUUCUCUGCCAUGCCGCCAAUGCUACCGUCGUCAAGAUCUUAACGCAAAAGCAAGAGGCAUCCAUGAGAACAUGGGUUGACCAGUAUUACGCAGCCUGGAGUGCGACAUCUGGCGUGACAAUUGAAAUUCAUGAGGCAGCCAGUAGCGACACAGCAGAAUACUUGGGUGUCAUGAAAACGCUCGGACGAAUCGAGAGCAGCAAUUAUGAUCUAUACAAUUUUGAUAUCGCCUAUACUGCCGUAUUGGCGCCCUAUCUACUGGAACUUGGAAAAUAUUCUCAAAACGGCGAAUUCAGUAGCCCAUAUCCGAGCAUUGUGAGCAAUGUUGCAACCCAAGAUAAACACAUUUUGGUUAGUGAUGUGGUGGAGGGACGUCUUCUAGGUUUGCCUUCCUACAUGAAUCUGGGUCUCAUGUAUUAUCGCAAGGAUUUGCUAGCCCGAGCAAACUUUACCAGUCCGCCAAAGACGUGGGAUGAAAUGGAACAUAUGGCUAAAGUGGUUCUUGCUAAUGAGAAUAAUUCCUCAUUGACAGGAUGGGUCGGACAAUUCGCCCAGUACGAAGGUCUCACAUGCAACGCAGUAGAAUUUAUCGCUAGUUGUGGAGGUGGAAGUAUCAUUGAACCUGACGGAACAGUGUCCAUCAACCGCCCCUCGGCUGCUGCUAUGCUCACACGGGUUAAAAAUUGGAUAUCUCAAAGUCAAAUCACGAUCCCAGAUGUACUCAUGUACCGUGAAGCCGAUACAACGAAGAAGUUCUUUAGUGGUCAAGCCGUGUUCAUGCGCUUUUGGGACGGUUACAACGAUUUUCGGGAGGGACCCAUGAGCGGACAACUAGACGCGGGAGGCAUUGUCGGCGUAGCUCCACUCCCAGGAUGCAGUGAAGGACAGACCGCGGCCACACUGGGUGGAUGGCACGUUGGGGUGAACAAAUUCACCACAAAGCCAGAGGCGGCCGUCAUUGCCGCAAGUUUCCUGACAUCGUACCAAUAUCAACGCGAUAGAGCAUUGCAGUACAGUCCUUACUGGCCUACACACCCAGCACUGUACGAUGACACUACAUUUUGCGCCGGUAACUUCUCUGUAUGGUGCAACGCUCUAAAAUCCGUCACCACCGUGGCGCGACCAACAGCAGUUUCAGGAUCUUCCUACGAUAAAGUAUCCUCAGAUGUAUUCGUCACCGUCAGCAAUAUCCUUUCCGAUCAAGUGUCGGCAUCCAGCGCGCUUGCUACAUUGUUUGUCCAGUUACACCUGGUCUUGGGUAUCACUCUACCAGCGGACACGAUCGAAUAUUUGACUACCGCUGGAAACAUCCUCGUUGCAUUCACUACUUUUCUGAUGGGAAUAACCUUAAUCACCGGAAUUCUCUUCUUUGGCUAUCGCAAUCAUCCGGUCGUAAGAAGCUCGUCUUUGAUAUUUUUGGAAUUGAUCCUGUUUGGCCUCAUGAUGAGCUACUCUACUGUCUUCCUUUACAUUAAAGCCAAGGACGAAAACGUUUGCAGAGUGAUUCCAAUUCCACUGGUCAUGUCAUUUGGCCUCGUAAACGGCAGUAUUCUCGCAAAGACUUGGCGCAUUCGAACUAUAUUUGCAGCUCGCAUCCGGAUUGGGAAGAUAACAGACCUGAAGACGUUGCGAAUUGCUCUUGGAAUCGUCGUUAUUGAAGGGCUGCUUCUCGCAAUCUGGCUCACUGUUGCUCCUCCAAAGCCGAAUAUCUUGUCCGUUAAUACAACGACUCGGUACUGGGAAUGCUCGAUGGGCGGUACAACUGCGCGUGAUAUACUUAGCGCUGUGGUUCUCAUCUUCAAUGCCCUCGUUCUCAUAGCGACUACACUCCUUGCAUACUCGAUCCGCAACGUAGCGGCACGCUACAACGAGUCGAAACUUAUCGGCCUUGCCAUGUACAAUAUCGUGACGUUUGUGGUGAUCAUUCCGAUCAUCGCCCAGACAACGGGAAACCCUUUGGUGAUCCCUGUGGGUAUUCUCGUCAUCACAUCUCUUGUUUAUGGAAUUUUCUUCCUGCCGAAAGUGAAGACUCUGCUUGUCUCUCCGCACCAGCCACUGAUGAAGGAUGACGCUCCCACCGGAAAUGGAGCAGUGCUUUCGGGAUCCGAAUUGAGUACCGAAAAGAUUGGAACUAACUCAUUUAGCAAGCUGGAUAAGGUGGAGGUGGUAGAAGGACAUGCUGACGUCCGCAUUGCCAGGUCCAAGUUGUUGAUUGGUGUUAGUAGAUGGGUUCGACGGUCCAUCAUCCUCGUGCCCAACCGAAGCGUUGUUGCAGAGAUUCCUCUCGAAGAGGCAUCUGAAUACAAAGGCACAACCGUACAAGUAGAAGAUCUCAAAAUUCUCAACGUCAUCAAGUCACCCGAGUCAGGUUAUUGCCUUUUGAUCCAACUGAACAAUAACUUGGUGUGGGAAUUGCAGACCUCUACGCCUGAGAGUCUUGACGAAUGGAUAGGUCAUUUCAAGAGUGUCCGCUGCACUCGGAAGUCGCAUACCAUCGACUCACUGAAAGGGCCAAUCUCGACCAGGGCCAUGACGUCCGGAAACGUUUAAAUGCUGCUAGAUGUAGUAGAAAAGUAGAAGUGAAGUUAUAAUGCAAUGCAGCCGCACGUUCGUCUCACGGUCACUUUUUGUGCUAAAAGAUACUCCUACGGCUGGCCAAAACUGGUAUCAUGGACCGCGAGGUACAUACAAAUACGUCAUGUUUAAAG